AUGGGCACGAUUCUAGAUAUCGAGGAUAAGACAAAGCUCGUCUUGAUUUGGAAAGAAUGGGCAUACGAAGAGAUUUAUGGACGAACAUGGAUGUUUGUAUUGUCCGUAUCCGAUGGGUAUGCUUCUAAUAUCGCGUGUUGCGUGAAUGUUGACGGGGGCAUUAAUGAGUUGCGCCAUGACAUUGUCCAAGUCCUAUACAAGUUCGAGAUGAUAUUCCCUCCAGCUUUCUUCACAAGUAUGAUCCACGUGAUGGUUCACUUGCCAGAAGAGACAUUGCUCGCUGGUCCUGUCAACUAUCUUUGGAUGUAUCCAAUAGAAAAGCUUCUUGGAGAGCUGAAAAAAACUAUAAACAAUAGGGCGAAGCCCGAAGGAUCAAUUAUAGAGGCUUGGGUUCAAUAUGAGUCGCUUACUUUCUGUGGAAUGUAUUUAAAAGAUGUGGACACGGCUUUCAAUCGUCCUCAGCACAAUAAUGACGAAGGUAUGAGAAAUGAGAAACAUUCUGUUUUUGCCCAAAGCGCACAACCCUUUGGAGAUCCUGUAUGA